GAAAGUGGGUAGUGAGAGUAGCGAGGAUGCGGGUGAAGAAAACCUAAGGGCCCCAAAUUCAACAUAAGCGAGGUUUGCGACCUCUCAGCAAGGUACAGACCUACUUCGAAUCGGGUCGCAGAGCGUUGGGGGUGGGGGAAGGCGCAAGCUCCCCGGCCAAUCAGACACGAGCAACCUCAGCCCAACCCCGGAGGCCCCUCCCCCGCCCCCGCCCCACUGAAAGGGGAGGAGCUUGGGCUGUUUCAAUGGCUUUGGGUUGGAGCAGGGGAGAGGGUGGCUCCGUUUGCCUCCUCGCUUUGAUGAUGCUGUGCGAGCGGCUUCGGGGCCCUGGGGACGUGCGAGUCACUGAGGGUGGGCUGGGACUCGGGGCCUGCGUCCAUCUCCCCGCCGAUUGGUCCGCCCCGCCUGCGAGGCGAGGUCCUCCGGGAUUCCUAGAGAGGACGCGGAAGUGCUUUCGGGGGGGGUGGGAUCUAACCGUUUAACCCCGUUGGACAGGGCAAGAUUGGACUUGGUUACUUCCGGCGAGGAAGUAUUGGGAAGUGUCGGCUUCGGUUUCUCUCCGUGGGAAGAACCGCAUCUUCCCAGCCUCGGCUGCGGGGAGCUUGAUGUUCCAGGAGAGCUCCCCUAGAGUGGGGCCUUGAGGGGAGGGAGCAGGGGCUUCGUGACUGGACGGGGGUCCUGUCCCUAACCUUGACCGAGCCACAGUCUCUGUAUCUCUGGGUCAGGGGCCAUUCUGAGGACUCCAGGUUCAGAUGUGUACCUUAUAAACGCUGCUUCUCUUUGGGACCGAUGGAGUCUCCCCUUGGCCUGUCAAGCUCUUGUAGGUUAGAGGACAGGCUCAGUUUUGACCAUUAUAAUGAUUUUCACCCCUAUUCCGACUUGAGUUUGUUUAUGGUAGAGAGAAGGAGCGGCUGCGUCUGGACUAGUCUUGUCCCGUUGUUUAUAUGGAAUGUAAAGUUCUUCACUCUAAAACUGUUUUAGGUUGGGCCUGAUGUUAGAUUUGUGUGGCUCUCUAAUACACUUUUUAAAUGUUGGGGAUAUUCCUUGUUAUCAUUUUGUGGGUGAAGUGAUGGCUACCUUGUAGUCCUUAUUUUUAAGUAAUUACUUUGUUGAGUGGUCAUCUGUAGUAUAGAUGACCUCUUUGCCAUCUGUCUUUGCUAAUAAUGAUUUCCAAUACAUCAGUAGGUUGCAUGCUACUGAAAGUGUCCUUCAGAAGAUCUUAAAGAGCAGAAAACCAAUUGGUUCAGUGUAACACAGCCAGCCUCGAGGGACUUCCCUCUGAGUUGGAAUGAUAAUGACCGAAUCCCGGGAAGUUAUAGACUUAGACCCCCCGGCUGAGACUUCCCAGGAGCAGGAAGACCUUCUCAUAGUGAAGGUGGAAGAAGAAGACUGCACCUGGAUGCAGGAGUACAACCCUCCAACGUUUGAGACUUUUUACCAGCGCUUCAGGCACUUCCAGUACCAUGAGGCUUCAGGACCCCGGGAAGCUCUCAGCCAACUCCGGGUGCUCUGCUGUGAGUGGCUGAGGCCUGAGCUGCACACAAAGGAGCAGAUCCUGGAGCUGCUGGUGCUGGAGCAGUUCCUGACCAUCCUGCCUGAAGAGUUCCAGCCCUGGGUGAGAGAACAUCACCCUGAAAGUGGAGAAGAGGCAGUGGCCGUGAUAGAAAAUAUACAGCGAGAACUUGAGGAACGCAGACAGCAGGUGCCCUGUGACUUCCUGCCACUCCAGCAAAGAGAAGCAAUAUCCAGUGUGUUAACCUGUAGAAGACAAUCUGCGAUUUUAUUUAUUUUUUAAAUUACUGUAUUUAUUUAUUUAUUAUUGAGAUGGAGUCUCGCUCUGUCGCCCAGGCUGGAGUGCAGUGUCGCAAUCUCGGCUCACCGCAAGCUCCG